GUGACCUUACCUGAACAUGGCAAUGGCCUUGACCCUGACCCACUGACGAACACGUGUUCACCAGAUGACUGGUCAGGAACAAAACAGCCCACGUGAUUUGCAAACAACAACACAAAUUACAUCACCACAGGUGCUGCUGGAUGAGACCAAUCGCUUUGGGACCGUCCUUGCGAAAAUGUCGAAGUCCAGAAGAUUCGACAGCCGGACAUCUUGUUUAGACGAAAUCAGCUUUUGGAGGAACCUUUCAUCGAUAAUCAGUCCUAGAGGGAAGGACUCGUGGACAAGAACAUGGUAAACAACAAUAACAAAUAUUCACAAGUCACGCUUCGAUCGACACAGUAUCCUCUUAUUUCACACUUUCCUCUCCUACAACAAGCGUGUGGGAAGUUGUCUUGUAGUUCACCACAGCAAGUUUCGAUCCAGAGUUAAAUUCGAAUUUCUUCCGUCAGAAUUUUGACACCAUGUCUGAACUCGUGGUGGACCCUCUUCCACACUGUCACAACUCCAGCAACUGCAGCGUUGACCACUACAGCGAGUUCGCCCUGUCUGUGACCAUCUGGAAGUACGGGUCACCGACACUGUUGUUGGUGGGGACGAUGGGUAACAUGCUGUCCAUCCUCGUGCUGAGUCGGAAACGGUUGCGGCAGCUGACCACCAUGUUCUAUCUGACCGUGCUGGCCAUCGCUGACCUGGCCGUGCUGUACACCGGCCUCCUCCGUCUCUGGCUGGACAACGUCUUCGGGGAGUACCUCCGACUGCAGUCGGACUUCGCCUGCAAGUUCCACACCUUCAUCGUCUACCUGGCACUGGACUUCUCUGUCUGGAUUCUUGUCGCCGUCACGGUUGACCGAUGUAUCUGCGUAUCGGCGCCUUUCGCCGCGCGGCGUUGGUGUACAUUGAAGAACGCCCGCAUCGUGGUAUUCGUCAUCCUUGUCGUCGACUUCCUCAUCAACAUGCACUACUUUUGGACUGUCGACAUAAUUUAUAAGGGCACGCGCACCAUCGCGGGCGAUGACCAAUUCACCUGCUACACCAGCGAGGACCUCGGCGAGGCUUUUUUCUUGGAGAAAGUCUGGCCCUGGCUUGACUUCGGGGUCGUCUGCUUCGUUCCUUUUGUCAUCAUGUUGAUUUGCAACUGUCUCAUCAUUCGGCAGAUCGUCUUAUCCGCCAGGAACCUGCGGGUCCACCGCCUGCCAAAGAAGUCAGCUGCAGUUUCUGAACAUUUGCCAGAGACUUCUAAGAAAUCCUUUUUCUCGAGGAGUAAGUCGUUUGUGCGGCGGUUUAGAAACAGACAAAUAGAAGUAGCAGACGUUCAAACGAAAAAAGAAGCAGAUAAAAACGCAAGUGGGAAAGACUGUUGUGAAAACUCAUCUGUUUCAGCAGCUCAGUCAUCUGGAAAUCGUGCGUCGUCCGAAACCAAUCAAGCUGAUCGAACAGUCAACCAAAGCUGCGCUGCUCGUCCAGCAACCGACCAGAUGAUGCUGAUGCCAAAUCAUUCACGCGUGUCGUCGCUAACAACCCAAGCUGAAACGGGAAGAGGUGGGAGCUGUGAAUGGACUUUACCUACUUCCGGUGGGACGUCAUCUACUCCGAGAAACCUUUCUCUGAGACCAGGUCAGGAUGAGUGCUCAUGGCCAGCAUGUGCCGACAGUUCCUCUGGCCUGGAAAAAGACGAGACAUGUAGACAGACACACCUGACUGACGGUUCAGAAGCGGAGGAUCAAGAGGCGAGCGCGGCUUCGUCGAUAGGACAAGAAAUAAAAAAAGAUCCACUGCUGGAGCAACCGGCAUCGUCCCCAGCAAGCAACACGCCACAAGACAUAACAAAGCUCGAUGUCUCAGCUCCGGAGCCAGAUUACGUCAUCAAUGAAACGGCUAAAGGUUCAGGACAAGGCACAGCUGCACCCCGAAUGCUACAAGUCCAUCCACCAUAUCGACGCCAGCCACCCGCGUGGGACACUACCCGCAAGCGGUUGGGUGCCGCCCACAGCGUCACUUUGAUGUUGCUAGCGGUCAACACACUCUUCUGGCUUCUCACUGCUCCUAUCGUCGUCUUCGUCAUCGGUUAUCCCUACUGGCUGCCGGGUUCCUCCCAGCAAGAGAAUGCUCGCAUGGCCUUAGGGUGGGCCGUGGUCAACGUGCUGCAGUACACCAACAACACAGUGCACUUCUUCCUCUACUGCCUAACGGGACCCAGGUUCCGGGAGGAACUCAUCGCCAUGUUCCGUCGCGUGGGAAGUGUCAGGACGCUGAGCACCGUCAAGUAACGAGAAUCUCGAGCCCAUAGUCUCGCUUCUCAUGCGCCACCUAUUAGGGUUUAUUUAUUUAUUUAUUUAUUUAUUUUAUUUUAUUUUUAUUUUUUUUGCUUUCGUUUUCGUGUCGUGGUGUGGACAGAUGAUGACAAUUGUUUGCUGUGGCAGUUCUGGAAGU